AUGUGCAAGGCCCGGCGCACUGUGUCGAACGUGGCCAGGAGGGCGCUGAGCACCGCCUCGCAGGACUACGCGGCCGGGCUCACGGACGAACAGGUGGAGCAGUACCGGCGGGACGGGUACGUGGCGCUCGAGGGGUUCGCGUCGCGCGAAGAAUGCGCGGGGCUGAUGCGGCGCAUGGGGAUGAUCGUGGAGCGGUUCGAUCCCGCCGAGCAGCGGAGCGUGUUCUCCACGCGGAAGCAGAAGAGCGACGACUACUUCAUGAGGAGUGCCUCGGGCAUCGGGUACUUCCUCGAGGAGGGGGCGCUGGGCGCCGACGGCGAGCUCACGGUACCCAAGGACCGCGCGAUCAACAAGGUCGGCCACGCAUUGCACGACAUCGACCCAGAGUUCAGGUCGUUCUCGCGGUCGGAGCGCUUCCAGGGCGUGCUGCGGUCGCUGGGCUACGCGCAUCCUACGCCGGUGCAGUCCAUGUACAUCUUCAAGCAGCCCGGCAUCGGCGGGGAGGUCGUGCCGCACCAGGACUCGACGUUCCUGUGGACGGACCCGAGGCCCAGCUGCGUGGGGUUGUGGCUGGCGCUGGAGGACGCGGACGAGGGCAACGGGUGCAUGUGGUUCGCGCCCGGGUCGCAGGAGCAGGGCGUGGGGCGGCGGUUCGUGCGCGCGGAGGGCUCGGGCGGCCCCGUGACGUUCGACCGCGACGUGCCGCCGGAGUACACCAGCGCGGACCUCGUCCCGGUGCCGGUGCCGGCGGGCACGCUGGUGCUCAUCCACGGGGAGGUUUUGCACAUGAGUAAGGAGAACACGGGGACGCGGUCGCGGCACGCGUACACGCUGCACGUCGUCGAGGGCGGCGAGGGGUACACGUGGUCUCCGGAGAACUGGCUGCAGCGGGACGACGCGCUCCCGUUCGAGCCCAUGUACUGA